UAAUAUCUUCAUUUGAUGUGAUCUUACUUAACGGACGUUAGUCGAGACAUGCAUGCAUUGUUGAAUGUACAUUUUCUCUCUUUUCCUUCAAAUUAAUAUUGGCACAUCCACGUAGACCAAGUCUUGUAUUUUAAUUCUUAAAAAACUCUCUCCUCUACAGCUUCCUUCUCUUUGUUAUAACACACAAAACAAUCACUAUAUAUUGGAGUAUACAACAACUUCACUGCCCACACUUCUGUCUCAAACUUAGUUCAAUUUUGGUUCACUCUUUUUAAAUAUCAAAAGAUGGGCAGCGACGAUGGUUUUCUGACCAACUCCGAAAACGAGUCGCCAUGGUCCAGCGGCCUCUGUGAUUGCUUCUCCGAUAUGGGAUCAUGUUGCUGUACAACAUGGUGUCCAUGUGUGCCAUUUGGGCAAGCCUCAGAGAUCAUAGACGAAGGAUCAACUUCUUGUUUUGGUAACGCAUUAAUCUUUUGUCUGAUUGCUUCCUUUACGCCCUGCAUUUGCCUUUACACUUGUUCUUAUCGAUCUCGAUUGAGGAGAAAAUACAACCUCAAAGAAACACCAUGCAACGAUUGUUGUGUUCAUUGUUGGUGUUGGAGUUGUGCUAUGUGUCAAGAGUAUCGUGAGCUUAAAAACCGAGGUUUCAACAUGCAUAUCGGUUGGCAAGAAAAUGUGCAGGGACAAAAUAAGGGAAUAGAGAUCCCACCUACUGUCCCGGGACAAAUGAAACGUUGAAGUUAAUUAAUGCAAGUGAUGGUUCUCCCUCCUUUGUAUUUUGCCCCUUGAGUUCAAUAAUGUGUGGAAUUAUGUCUUAAUCUUUGUGUGAUUAACCAUAUUAGUUAAUCUGUAUUCUUUGGUUUGUCAUUAUUUUGUUCAUCUUGUAUUUAAAACUUGUGAGAAAACUUCUCCCUAAAUAAUAAUUGAAUAAGAUUUUCAUUUGUUCA